CACAAACUCUCUCUCUCUCUCACUUUCGUUUCUCCGGAUCGGAGAGCCGAGAAGAGAUCGCGCCCAUAGUGAGUAGGUACUUUGUAUUAGUAGCGGUUGUCCGUGCUCCGGAGCGCAACGCGCGCAUACAUAUGAUGGGCGGUCGCGUAUAGGGUACUUUUACACCGAUACUGCAGCGGAGGAAAGGAACAAAAAAAAAAAAAGGCCGCGCGCGAAGCAAGGUAUACAUAGGCACAGACAAGGGCGUCAGCGGGCAAAAUGGCCGCGGUGCGGGUCUGGCACCUGGCGAGCCUGUUCCUGGUAGUCGCGGCCGACGAGGGCAACAACAGGUACGCCAAUGGUUACUACGCCCAAAGCGGGCCGUACGGCCCCGAGCCCCAGAUCCCGCCCGGCUAUCAGACCUACGUGUACAAGGACAGGAGGUACGGUGGCUAUCAGCCCGGCCACCUCGAUCCGUACCGCAACGGGCCGCCCACCAGGUCACCCGACGACUGGUACAACUCGGAUACGUCCGAACGGCUACCCCUACCGGGUAUACUGGGCGGUUGGCGGGCGGACCUGCAGGGCAGAGAGCGCCCGGACUCGAAGAACCUCGAGCGCGACAUUUUCGUGCGCACGCACUACGGCACCGUCCAGGGCUUCAAGGUGUACCUUUACGACAACCCCGAGGCGAGACACCUGCCCUGGAGCCUUCCCGUCGAGAGGGUUACGGCCAACGUCAACGUCUUCCUCGGAAUCCCGUACUCCAUGCCCCCCGUCAAGGAGGGACGCUUCAAACCCCCCAGGAUACACAAAGGCUGGCACCUGUUGCAAGCCGUCGACUGGGGCCCGGCGUGUCCUCAGCCAAGCCAGUACACCGGGGCGACCAAGGGCGUACGGGACGUAGACGAGGAUUGCCUGUACCUCAACAUCUUCAGCCCAAACAUAAACUCCGGGCUGGCCAGCAAGUACCCCGUCAUGUUUUACAUACACGGGGGCGAGUUCAUCCACGGUGCGAGCAACUUGUUCCCUGCCCACAUACUCGCGGGCUUUUUCAACGUCACCGUCGUCUCCAUAAAUUACCGCCUCGGUGCUCUAGGUUUCCUGAGCACGGGUGACGAGAACAGCCCCGGCAACUACGGCAUCCUCGACCAGGCGAUGGCCCUGAGGUGGGUGUACGACAACAUCGAGUUCUUCAACGGCGACCCCAACAGGAUCACGCUCUUCGGGCCGGGAGCUGGGGCAGCGAGCGCCGGCCUCCUCAUGGUAGCCCCAAAGACGCGGGACCUCGUGUCCAAGGUGAUAGCCCAGUCGGGCUCGGCAGUGGCGGAUUGGGCCCUGAUAGUCGACAAGUAUCGGGCCCAGAACACGUCGCGGGUUUACGCCCAGACCCUGGGCUGUAGCAUCGAGAGCAGCUGGCGGCUCGUGCAGUGCCUCAAGGAGCGCAACAUCUACGAGCACGGAAACGCGGAGCUCAAGCCCCAGGUGGGCAUGUUCCCGUGGGCACCGGUGCUCGACGUCAACUUUACCGUGCCCAACGAGUACUACGAGCACUGGGCCUCCACGGACUGGCACUUUUUCAACGAGCCGCCCGAGGAGGGCAUCCGGGCCAGAAGGUACAGGCACGACUUGGCCUACAUGUCGGGCGUUACCACGCAGGAGGCUGCCUUUAUUGUUUAUAACAACGCCACGUUGGCCAGGAACGAGUUUAUCAUCACGCCCGAGGUGUUCGACCAAAAGCUGUGGGAGCUAGUGCUGCGGUACAACUACACGCUCAAUCCGUGGGGCGUUUACGAGGCCAUCAAGUACAUGUACACCUAUUGGCCCGACCCCAACAACGUACUCCGCGUACGGGACCAGUACAUCAACCUUCUGACCGAUUUUCACUUUGUCGCGCCGCACGACAAAAUCGCCAAGUUGUUGGUGGAGAACAACGUCCCGGUGUUCCUGUACGUCUUGAACACGACCAUCGAGGCGUUCAAUUUGCCCGAGUGGAGGCGGGUGCCGCACGACAUCGAGCACCUGCUGCUGGCCGGGGCUCCGUUCAUGGAUGUCGAAUUUUUCCCCGAAAAGUUGAAGCUCAAGCGCGACAUGUGGACCGACAGCGACCGCAACAUGAGCUACUUUUUCAUGAAAGCUUACGCCAAUUUUGCGACCAUGGGGAACCCAACGCCGGUUCAGAUACGAGGGUUGCACUUUGACGUAGCCAAGUUCGGCGAGCUAAAGUACCUGAACAUCAACACUACGUAUAAUAGCUCGAUUUUGCUCAACUACCGGCAGACCGAGAGCGCCUUUUGGUCGCAGUACUUGCCGACGGUGAUUGGCCGCUUGGUCCCGACGUACCCACCGAUAACGGAGUAUUGGUGGGAGCCCACGCAGCCCAUGCAAAUUGCCUUUUGGUCCAUGUCCACUGCCUGUCUACUGUUGAUCGUCAUGUCGGUGGUGUGUUGCAUGCUUUGGCGCAACGCCAAAAGACAGUCAGAUCACUACUAUAGCGGAGAUAUCCUGAUGGUACGAGAAGACGAGCCAUCCAACGACGGAAUCGACAACCUGACUCGCGUGUCCAAGGAGAACGUCUACGAGUACCGGGACACGCCGCUCGCUAUGCCCCGACGGCUUGGCAACAAGCCCCAGCCACCGCCACCCCCGCCGCCCCCCGUGCCCCUCGGGGCAUCCGAGAACGACAUGAAGCUGCAGGAGAGGCUCGUCGUCGGGCACAACAACCGCAAGUUCAGCUCGACGCCCUCGUUGCGGAGCAACUCCAACUCGUCGAUCAAGGACGAGAGGAACGAGGGCUUCGUCACGAGUUCGCCGAACGGCGUGCCCCGCGCUGCCAAGAUCGGCCGGGCGUCCAGCCAGUCGACGCUGCCCAAAAGCCGGAGUAGGACCCACCUCGUCCAGGGGGUGCCUCAGACGGCUGUUUGACGCGUCGGUGCGACAUCGUGCCUAUAUUAAUUUUAACAGCAUUUCAGGAAUCGGUAGCGUUAAAAUAUCUACCUUGUUGUGUUAUUGUUGUUGUUGUUAUUAUAUAUUGUUGUUGGGUAUAUUUGCCUUUUUUCUCUCGCGUAUACAGUAUACAGUGCCUUUGGGGAGUGCAACGUCUCACCAAAAUGUCAUUGCUUCGAGUAAAAAAACAUCCCAACAACUACAUCGCGAGCUAUGAGUUUUCAUUAUCGAAUUACGAGUACAAUUUCGUUUUUUUUUUUUUUUUUUUUCUAACAUAUCGCUUAAGCUUUACAAACUGAUUACCAUAUUGUUGGCUGUCCAGUUGCGUGCCUAUGUGUAUAUAGUUGCGCCAUCGCGAUAUAGUUAAUAUGAUUAGUAUAACGUGCCCUUUCCGAAAGGGAAAACUUAUGGGCUUUUCUUUUUAUACUUUUUUUAAAUUUUAAUCUAAGGUAUACGUAUUAUGCGUAGUAGCGACGAGGCGUUUAAAAAACACCCGGCA